GUAACUCAUCUCUCUCUCACUCUCUCCACUCUCUUCCCCACUCUGAAAUAACAAACACCAAAGAGAGAAAGAAAUCGUACGGUUCCCUCCCUCCCCCUUUUUCCCAAAUUUUAAAGGAAAUUAAAAUCCCAAAACCCUAAUUCCUAUUUUCUAUAUCUGUCUCAAAAACCCUAAGUUUAUUUUUGUCCUAUUUUUUACUUCCCUCUCAAAAACCCUAACCUUUCCGUACAGCCCCAACGUAAAACCCUUAAAAAACCCAUUUUUCAGCCUUUAGCCGUAUCUAGGUAUUUCUCAAAGUAGGAUUUUUCCCCUUUUUUUCUUUUAAAAAAUUGAUUUUUUUGGGUUUUUUUUUCUUCUUCUUGUUUUUUCUUUUUAUAUGAAUGGCUACAGGGAAAAUUGAAGGUGAAGAAUCAAAGCACAACAAAGUUUAUACCAGAAAAAACCACAAAAAACACAAAAAUCCCGCCUUUGUCCCUCAACAAUCUUCUCAGCAAACUCUAGCCACCACCACCACUACAACUGAUGAUAACAACUCCUCCCAGCAGCUGCCAAUCCAAACCCUCGAUGUCGUGGUGUCAGACGAUUCGUCGAGCCAUAAUCGCGUCCAGAAGGGUUUACAGAAUGCUACCACUGGGGUUGCAACAUCUGGGUAUGUUAAAUAUGAUAACCUUGUUAAGAUUAGCUUGAAUGUUUUGUCCAAGAAUGAGGUUAGAGUUUUGAAGAGGAAGUUAGCUAGUGAACUCGAGCAAAUUAGGGAUUUAGUUAAGAGAUUUGAGGCCAAAGAAAGUAGGUUUAGUGCGGGGUAUGCGAAUUCGCGGGUUUCAGGGAAUGAGAAUGUUGAUAGAGGUGGUGGAAGCUUAGUUAGAGUGAAUUCUGAUGUUGGUUCUGUAGGAUUGCCUAGUUCGAUGCCGUUUCAUGGGUUAUCUGUGUCAGUGGCAGAGCAGGAUCAUAGUAACCAUGGUGGUGGUGGUGGGAGUGAGUUUGUGGAGAAAGAGAAGAGAACCCCGAAGGCAAAUCAGUAUUAUAAGAAUUCGGAGUUUGUUUUAGGGAAGGAGAAGUUGAAGCCUGUGGAGAGUAAUAAGAAGAUGAAACCGAGCGUUGGGAAGAGUAAUGGUGGUCAAAUGGGAGGUGGGAUUGCAAUGGAAAAGUUUUCAAAUCAGAUGUUUAAGAGUUGUAGUAAUUUGUUAGGGAAGUUAAUGAAGCAUAAGUUUGGUUGGGUUUUUAAUCGACCAGUGGAUGUGAAGGGACUUGGGUUGCAUGAUUAUUAUUCAAUUAUUAAGCAUCCAAUGGAUUUGGGUACGGUGAAAACUAGGUUGAACAAGAAUUGGUACAAGUCACCUAGGGAGUUUGCAGAGGAUGUGAGACUAACUUUCAGGAAUGCAAUGUUGUAUAACCCGAAAGGACAGGACGUGCAUUUUAUGGCAGAUACAUUGUCAGGGAUAUUUGAAGAAAAGUGGGCAGCUAUAGAGUCCGACUAUAAUCUUAAUAGGAGGUUUGAAAGGAGUCAUGAUUACAGUUUGCCGACUCCCACUUCAAGGAGAGUUCCUGCUUCGGUUCCAGCUUUAGCUCCAGUUCAAGCUCAUGGUCCUCCUACUCCUGUUCCUGCCCCUUCACCACUACCAUUAGAAGCUAGGACUCUGGAGAGAUCAGAAUCCAUGACAAUGCCUGUUGAUCCCAAGUCAAGAGCUGUGAACUUGACUCCUAGUGGUAGGAUUGCAGUACCAAAGAAACCCAAGGCAAAGGAUUCUGAUAAGAGGGAUAUGACUUAUGAGGAGAAGCAGAGACUCAGUGUAAACCUUCAGAACUUGCCUUCAGAGAAACUUGAUAGCCUUGUCCAGAUUAUUAAAAAGAGGAACCCAGCACUUUUCGUGCAAGAUGAUGAGAUUGAGGUGGAUAUUGACAGUGUUGAUCCAGAAACGCUUUGGGAACUUGAUAGAUUUGUGACCAACUAUAAGAAGGGUUUAAGCAAAAACAAGAAAAAAGCUGAACUUACUCUUCAAGCAAGUGCAGAAAAUGACCAUGAUAUUCAGGAGAUUAAUCUGGAACCAUCUGCUGAAGAGGUAGCAAAAGUCAAUGAAGCAGUGGACAGGAUUGUUCCCACAUCACCUCCAAUUCAUGGAGAAAGACAGCAAAAUAAUGAGAGUGGAUCAGGUAGUUCAAGCAGUUCUAGCACUGACUCUGGAUCUUCAUCAAGUGACUCCGACAGCGAUAGUUCAUCUGGAUAAUGUGAGCUGUUCAUCUUGUUUUUUAAUGGCCUUAACUGAGCUCAAGUUUUGAAAUUGGACCAUAGCAGGAACCUGUGCCAUGCAUGUCAGAAUGCUUGGAUAGCAUUUCGGAACUUUUGUGGUCGAAUGUUCAACUACUGCAUUCUGCUAAUGGAUCAUAUGCAUCAUCUGAAGUACUUUCCUUUUUCUGCAUCUUUCCCAUUAUUAAAUUUACAUUAUGAUAUUUCUUAAGUCUUUAAUGUGCGUAAAUUAAUAAAGGUUUCUCUCAGGGUUUUGUGAAUUCUUUUGCAUACAAUACUUCCCCCUGAUGAAUUUCUCACAAAAGGUGGUUACUGUCAUAGAAAAGUUUUAUGAACAAAACUCACAAUGAACUUGUCAUUUAUUAGCCAAUUCCGUUUAUGGACGUUAUGUUUGUAAAUUCAGAAGUUUCGCAACUGUCAACUUCAUAGAGCAUUUGCCCCUUCUGAGUGGGAAAAAUAUAGUUUCCAUAAAUUCACCCAAACUUGAAACCUGCCUUUCAAGGUCAUAAUGGAAGCUGAUGCCCAAUGGGAGCAAAUUUUAGACACCUUCCGCUUUAUGCUGUUUAGCAGGGCCCACUUAUAUCAUCAUUCCUCACAAUAAGGGGAGCAACAAUAUCUGAUUAAUUGAAUAAAUAUGAUUGCAAGGCAUUUUGGAAAGGGAAUUAAUGGUAUAUUCUUGAUAAUAUUCUUGUCCACUUUGUCAAGGACUAGGAAGUUGUAGUAUUUACUUUUCGCUGGCAACAAGUAUUGACUUCAGAUCUUUGUAUCUGUUGCUAACAACACUUCAUCCUAAUUCUUUCCUAUUGAUCACCUACAUCACCAAGACUUUUACCAUGACAGCAGCAGAACUCUAGAUACCCAAUUCAGUAUUCAUUCUGAAUCUUUUGUUUUAACCAUUCUGUGCAAGCUUCUUGAGUUUGAUAUUCUCCCAUGCAAAACAGAGGAAAAGUUAAAGCAGGCUUAGCCUACAUCUUCUCUAGUUAUGAUAUGUUAUCAAAGCAGGCUUAACCUACACCUCCUCUAGUUAUGAUAUGUUUAUCCUGGUAGAGCUAGACAUCGGGUAGAUGCUGAUUUAUCACUAUUCCCUUAAUAGAUAUCAGUUAAUUACUGACUUUUAGAUGAUAUGUAUAAUGCAGUAUUUUUGUUUUUCUGCCUUUGGGACUAGGCUUGAGUUACUGAGCCUCUUGUU